AAAACAUACACCGUGAACUCGCAAUUGCAGAAACAUGUCGACGUCGACAAUCGCCAGCACGAAGCUUCAGGAUGAUAUGAACAAUAUACCCUUGGCCGACGACGACCCGCAAGUUAUAAUACCCGAAGAGGAGAAUAACGUGGACAAUAAUUCCAGAGCUUGCGACUCCCUGAACCAUGGUCAAAGUAUGGAUUCGCUAAUUUCAAGUUUCACAAACGACAGCUGUAGUCGAAAUAGAUGUCUUCUAGGUUUGGAUCCUGACAUAAGUCCCGACGAGCAACAAGAAAAAGCAAGAUUAAUAGCUCAAGUCUUAGAGCUUCAAAAUACUCUAGAUGAUUUGUCGCAGAGGGUCGACGGAGUUAAAGAGGAAAAUUUAAAAUUGAAGAGCGAAAAUCAGGUAUUGGGCCAAUAUAUAGAAAAUUUAAUGUCAGCAUCUAGUGUUUUCCAAUCGACGAGUCCUAAGAAUAAAAAGUAGUGAGUCUAUGAGAAUUUUGAUGUGUUCGCUGUGAGAACUAAACCAAUGAGAGAAUUUAAAAAUUGUUAAAAUUUUAUACAUGUGAAAGUAUGGGCGACGCUAUCAGACAAAAAUCUUUUCUUUUCUAUUUAUUAUCUACAAUCGUAUACACGACCUGCCAUAUUUAAUUUUUCCGGAUAUAAAGACUUUUACACACAAAAGUCAGCUGCGCAUACCAAAGAUCUGUUAAACAUAACAUUUACAAGCAUUAUAAUGACUGAUUUCGUUUUACAUUACACAGUUAUUAUUAAAAACUGAAUCACUAUUCGAUGGAUAAAACGCCUCUAUAUUAAAAAUGCAAAA